ACGUCAUUCGGUAGCUGUCAUGCUGUCAUUCUCAUCUGUGAUCGGUCGACACUUUAGCGUAAAAAAUAUUGAAUUUUUCCACACUGAAAUCAAUUGAAUUCGGUGACGUACUGUGAAAUUGUGAGGAGAAAACCUUUCUGCAGUUUCGAGGACUCCAAUAUUUGGGAAGAUACUGGUGACGUGAUUCAAGAAGUUGAUGGUCGGACUUCAAAUCAGCAAUAAAUUAAGACAAAAAUGAAUAUACGGAUCUUAUGACGUAAUAGACGCUGUUCGUCUCCCACCGGCACAAGACUGACUCUGUGAUAAGCGCGCGCACCCGGACAAUAAGGCACACAUAUAUGGGGACGCCUGCACCUUUAUAGACGCACUAAUCUAAACUAGGGGUGGUCGAUGCCCCACGCGGCACCAGUCACCGCCAUGUCGGCCCCGCCGCGCCACCCUCACUUCUACACCGUCGAGGUCGGCGACACACGCUUCACCAUCCUCAAGCGCUACCAGAACCUCAAGCCCAUCGGCUCAGGCGCUCAGGGUAUCGUGUGCGCCGCAUACGACACAGUAACACAACAGAAUGUCGCGAUCAAGAAGCUAUCGCGGCCCUUCCAAAACGUCACGCACGCCAAGCGGGCCUACCGCGAGUUCAAACUCAUGAAACUUGUCAACCAUAAAAAUAUAAUCGGUCUCCUGAACGCGUUCACGCCGCAACGCAGCCUGGAGGAGUUCCAGGACGUGUAUCUGGUGAUGGAGCUGAUGGACGCCAACCUGUGCCAGGUCAUCCAGAUGGACCUGGACCACGAGCGCAUGAGCUACCUGCUCUACCAGAUGCUGUGCGGCAUCAAGCACCUGCAUCUCGCGGGGAUCAUACACAGGGACUCAGGAACCGAUAUUGUCGACUAG